CCACACCAUGCGUCGCGCCGCCCUAGCCCUGCGCGUCGCCUCGGCUUCGACCGCCGAUAUCGGGCGUAAGUCGCGAAACGCCAUAUCUCCUGGCGUACUCUCCGCGCAUAAUAGCCCGCGAGUCCGCGCAAGCACCACCACGGGCGAUGCGCGUCUGGAUUCCUCUCCCGCGGCAUCGUCUCUCGCGCCGAAUGCGGCGCGUCUCGCGGCGGCGGGCUCAGUUUCUCCAGCCCUAGUCGCUCCGUUUGCAGCACGAACCUACGCUUCGGCAUCGCAACCAGGCUCGGCAGUAAGCGCGCCCGCAGGCUCGCCACUAGCCUCGGCAGCAAGCGCCGCCCCAGGCUCGGGUCCAGGCUCGGAUCAGGCGGGAAAAGCCGAAUCCGGAGGUUCGGGAAAGCGCGGCGGAUGGAACCUGUUGUUCGGAGGGGGAGGGGGCGCGGAAUUUGCCAACCAGCUCAAGCGGGCACGGCAAUUCGGGCAGCUGACAACGUUCGGGAAAGGGCUGCCAAAAGGCGGGCAGAAUGCCGUGACUGGCUCUCUGAAGAAGCAGGAGGUCAUCGCCUUUGCGCUCGCUGCUUAUGCCGCUGAGGUCAAGGCAACACACGAGCAGCUAUCCAUCCCCUUCUCCGUUCGCGAGCGCAUAGCGCGGGAGGCAGGGAGCAGCGUUGCUGACGUGGACUCACUCUUAGCUAAGUACGAGUGGUUUAAAGAGGCAGGCAGGCGAAUGCAGGAGCUCCAAGACCAGGGGAAACCGCUGCCCAGAUCGUUCACAGAGAUUGAGAAGAUGAUGGGCGGCUCGUGGUCCUCGUACAAAGCAGGAGCAGCAGCAAGUGCUGUUGGUGCUGCUGGGCCCGCUGCUGCUGCUGCUGCAGGUGCAGCGUCUCAAGGCCCGGCGCGCAACAGCCCGUGUCCGUGUGGCUCCGGGAAGCGAUACAAGAGGUGCUGUGGAGCUGGAAUGAAGGCAACGUGACUUGGCUGAAGAACACUUAGGUCCAUCAUUAAAAAAAGAGAGAAGAGAGAGUGUAAUGCACCGCCUCAGGGUGGGUACUGUACAGCCUUGCAUCAGGGCCACCUCUCGUCAGACUUGUCUUGCCGAGCUGAAACGCAGUGAACCACGCGUCGAACCAUUUGCACCACGCAGCACGGCAUGUGUGAAGUGAGGCUGACUCUGGUGCAGGGCGAGUUUUUAAAAAUAACGCUCAUUAGAAUGGAGUGUCUUGCAGCACAUUUAGGCGGUUUUUCAAAACACAUCAUUGCAUGGCCUAAUGGGUAAUGAGUU